CUCCUCGACUCGAGUUACGGCAACCCCUGCUCCUCCUCUCUUUUCUCGACAUUACCCGCUGAUCAGAUGGGAUGCAUCAGACUCCGUAUUCUGGGCCUUUUCAAUGCCGAUCCACAAGUCUACGACGUUGUAUUUGUACAAAACAUCCAAGCUGCAGUCGAGAUCAUUGGCCAUUCACUGCAGGAAAUGACUGGGAAACAGAAAGGACCACAAUGGCUUGGAUACUAUGCCGGCAUGUAUAGCAACAUCGCGUGCCUGACAGAGUCAAGGCCUCGUACCAAAUGCUUCGGGGACGAACAUGAAGUACAAACCUGGAUUCGCAAGGGCAAAUUUCGGCAGAGACGUGGCCUCUUCGCAUAUCCAGGUCAAACAACACCUGGGGCCCGAGUUCUCCCUUUAGAGUGGUAUGUGGGUGCGAUUACGAUCCAGUUCAGUCAAGGCUCGGUGUAUGUCAUGGUCGACGCGUCAGCACUCUGCUGUACCGGCGGACUAGACUUCUCCUACCAUUACGCCUUGCCUGAUUUCGUGACGGUUACGCUCGAUCGCAUCUUUGGAUAUCCUGAUCUCAGUGCUUUACUCAUCCGCCGUGCCGCGAUACGACAGAUUUGGGGACAUGGCGUCGCGGCUGGGCCUAUACACAAAGCUCUUGAAGGUGCCUCUCUUCCAACACAUAAAUUGCUUGCGCUGGAUUGCGCGAUAACUGUACUGUAUCGACUGUACGGUACAGAGCCAAUGUCGACGAUCUCGCAACAUACAACGAGCCUCAUCAAGACUUUGUAUAGUCGAAUGUCCAGCGCUAGACAUCGUAAUGGCCAAUUAGUCUGCGAGUUCUACGACAAUCACAUGGGCACAGUCGGCGACGCUUCAACUCACGGAGCUACCAUCGUGUUCAACAUACUGGCUAUUGAUGGUACCAUGGUGGAUCCCGAUAGCGUUCUAGCAUUCGCUCGGCAGCGACACAUAUAUCUUGGAAGCGCGGAUGUA